UCUCUCGGCGACCUCUAGUAAAGCGGUUAGCUAACGAAGACAGUGCGGCCCGGUCAGCAAGCAGUGCUUCUACGUCAAGCUCUACUUCUCCGAUAAGCAGCUUUCCCCUUUUCCGCGCGUGUUUACGUGGCCUCUAUCUUCUAGUAGAGUAGUGGACCUGCAGCAGCAGCUUCUUCUUCAUGCGUUCGACCGUAGUACACGACACCCAGACCACGGCCGCAGCAGCGUUGCGGUCGGUUGCGAUUCUCCCUAUCGAGUCUUGGGGUGACAUCUUUGCAGCCGGCCACGGGAGAGCACGACGGAAGAUUCACCCCAAGCAGCACACAAGAGAGAAUCGCAGUAGCACUAACAGGAAACCCAUUCGAAGUCAAACGGAAAAAGCUGGCCUAGUGGUUUUGCGAAACAAGCAGCGGCUUUGUGGUUUUGCGAAGCAACGGCUUCGAACGGUUGCGCGAAGCAACGGCUUCGAUCGAUUUAGUGAAGCAACGGCUUCGAUCGAUUUUGCGAAGCAUAGGCUUCAGACAGCUUUGCGAAGAAGCAGCGGCUUUGUGGUUUUGCGAAGCAACGGCUUCGGACGGUUUUGCGAAGCAUCGGCUUCGAACGGUUUUGCGAAGCAUCGGCUUCGAACGGUUUUGCGAAGCAACGGCUUCGGACGGUUUUGCGAAAUAAGCAGCGGCUUGAGGUUUUGCGAAGCAAGUGCCGGAUUUGUGGUUUUGCGAGUAACGGCCUUUCGGAGGUGUUGCGAAGCAAGCAGCGGCUUUGUGGCUUUGCGAAAAAGCGGCUUCUCAAAAGUUUUGCGAAACAGCAAACAGCUUCAGGCGGUUGCGCG